AUGACGACAAUGGAUCUCCGAGUCGGGAACAAGUACCGGAUCGGUCGCAAGAUCGGUUCUGGCUCGUUCGGCGACAUCUACUUGGGCACCAACAUCAUCUCUGGCGAGGAGAUUGCCAUCAAGCUCGAGAGCGUCAAGGCGAAGCACCCGCAGCUCGAGUACGAGGCUAGGGUGUACAAGUCGCUCGCCGGCGGCGUCGGCAUCCCGUUCGUUCGUUGGUUCGGUACCGAGUGCGACUACAACGCCAUGGUCCUUGACCUCCUUGGACCAAGUCUGGAAGAUCUGUUCAACUUCUGCAACCGCAAAUUUUCGCUGAAGACCGUGCUGCUGCUUGCCGACCAGCUCAUCUCCCGGAUCGAGUACAUCCAUGCCAAGUCCUUUAUCCACCGCGACAUCAAGCCCGACAACUUCCUCAUGGGUAUUGGCAAGCGCGGUAACCAGGUCAACGUUAUUGACUUCGGUCUCGCCAAGAAGUACCGCGACCCCAAGACGCACUUCCACAUUCCUUACAGGGAGAACAAGAACUUGACUGGAACGGCUCGCUAUGCUUCGAUCAACACCCAUCUUGGCGUUGAGCAGUCCCGUCGUGACGACAUGGAGUCUCUCGGCUACGUCAUGCUGUAUUUCUGCCGCGGCUCGCUCCCCUGGCAGGGCCUCAAGGCUGCCACCAAGAAGCAGAAGUAUGACCGUAUCAUGGAGAAGAAGAUGACGACGCCCACGGACGUCCUCUGCCGCGGCUUCCCCAACGAGUUUGCCAUCUAUCUCAACUACACUCGGUCUCUCCGUUUCGACGACAAGCCCGACUACAGCUACCUCCGCAAGAUCUUCCGCGACCUCUUUGUCCGCGAGGGCUUUCAGUACGAUUAUGUUUUCGACUGGACUGUGUAUAAGUACCAGAAGAACGCGCAGGCUAUCCAGCAAGCUGCGGGCAACACGGCCAACCAGGCUGCACAGGACCCCAAGGACGCCCAGCAAGCCGGUCGCAAGGACACUCAGCAGGCCCUUCCUCGAGGCACCAGGAAGCAGAUCACCGGCGAAACCCCGGACACCAACCGUGCCGUCGGUGGAAGCGACAGGAUGUGA